UUGAUACUCGAAAUGCAUGCACGAUCUACACUGGUAUUUUAAGCAUGAUAAGUUUAACCAGGUUGUGGGUUAGUUAGAACGCGGAACGAUAAAAUGAGCCUGACAGCGCGUUGUAAAUAGAACCAUUGUUGGAUCAGAUUGACGUAUGUUGAGCUAUCUUUUAAUUUAAGCUGCUUUGAUUUCAUGAAAGUAGGGACCUGGGAUUCAUGGUUUUGAAUUAUUUAUUCCUAGAGCUUUGAUAUACGAAAUUUUACAAGCAAAAUUGCCGAAGCAGCUGCGUGAACUACUUGAAAACCUUAUUCCGAACUACGCGGAAGGUUAUUGCCUAUUAUUCUAUUUUUCUUCCAUCCUAGAGAAAAGUAUUUGUAUAUCAUAUAACAACCCCAAAAAGAAAUCCUAUUUAUUAUGGAGAAAUCGCAUAGCGUUUUACGAAAGGUUUUUCUGCCUAUUCUAUAUCAUGUGAUGUACGUUUUACUUUGGUAUCGCUUGUUUUCGAGUCUUUAUGGAAUCUGUGUAAUCGUUUUCAGAAGGUAGGGAUAAUUGUUUAUCAAUCAUGUGCGAUUGGUUCAUUUUAUUUAUCCUUUGAACCAAUCAAAUAAUAUCAAUCGAAUACACAAAUAAAGCAAACAUAUAACUAACAACAUAAGUAAAAAAUCCUUUGCGUCAUUUGAUAUAACAAUUAUCAAUUGAAUACUCCAAGUUGAGCUGACAACAUUUAAAUAUUCCAUUGUGAACUAGAAAUUUUUUUAAUCAAAUAAAAUACUGGAAUGAAAACAUAUGGCAAGCUGAUAUCAAAUGUUACAAACGUGUUAUGAUCAUUGCUUAGAUAUGUUUUACGCCAAUUCAUCUUUUGUUUAUAGCGUACAAGUAGAUUUACAUAGUUACUAAUUAUGUAAGUGUUGCCAAUGGAGUGAUAUGAAUCACGAUAACGUGACACGGAUAAGCCAAAAAUGUAAAUUAGAUGUAGGCUUUUGUUGAUCGUCGAUAAAAUGCGCCCAUGUUUAAAACACGGCCUGAGAAACUUUUCAUCGGUGAAUUUAUCUAUGAACCAUGUUUAGUCGAAAUGUAUUAGCAUCGUCCUGCCACUCUAUGAGUGAGUCGCCUAAGAUUACCAGAUGAUUUACGUUUUGUUUAAUAUAUUUUUAACUUUUGCGUAUUUCCUAUUACUCUUAUUUAUAACGUUGGUUUAUUUUGGUAUCAGACGCCGUAUGUUUAAAAUCGAAUACGUUAUUAAGUCAACAGGAAGUUCGUUCAAAUUGUCACUUUGAAGAUAUAUAUUCUUCGAUUGGAUUUUACUUUGUACACGUUUAUGUAUUUUAUCUACAUCGUUGAUUCGUUCAAGAACGUAGGUACUUUUGCAAAAAAAAAGAAGUUGAAGAUUUCAGAGAGUUUAUUCGUGUGACGUUGACGUCUUCUACAUAUUGGACUUAUUCAUCAGAUACGCAUUUGUGAUAAAUUAUUGCCAAUUCAUACUUGCAAAGAAAACAUAAGAUAUGACAAAUACUUGUACGGAAGGUUAACUAGUACUAAACGAAAAUUUGUGCUAUUUGGUACAUUUCAGUCCAACAUAACCCGGGGCAAAUCAUGAGAAAGAAUUUGAUACUUUACACCUGGCUGCCUAUCCUCGCGUAUUUUUCCCCAGGCUGUUGGGCCAUAUAUAAUGGAACGGACACUACUACGGCGAUUGCAAAGAAUGGUACUGUAUCGUUCGAUAAUACAAUAACAAGUGAGGAAUUUCUUAAAGCUUCCUGCGUUGGGAAAAAUGUAUCCCAAGCGACCUACAAGAAGAACUGCUGUAAUUAUAUUUCGAAUUCAUUCAGACUAUCAUGGUCUGUAGGAGGACAAUAUCUCACCGAGUACUUGUCCAAUCUACAGGAUUGGGGGUGUGAAGAAUUUGAAAAAGAAUGCGAGAACCCAAUAUACGACUAUACAAAUUUUACACGUAUAGUUUAUGUACGUUUCUGCAAUCGAUUUGCUUUACUUGCAAAAUGUACUGAAGAAUUACACAAAGUUACAAAAAAAUACAACUUCUACGCAAUAGACGCUACCUAUGGAAGCAACGACGCUCUGGAGAUAACGGAUAAAAUAUGGAAUAAUCUAACUUCAUCCAUAAUUCCGACAAAAAUGGAUAUGAAGGAUUUGCUACGACCUUGUGUGCAGAUAGCUUUGUUUGAUAGACCAUCGGGAGGAGUUGGACGUUAUCAUGAAAUUGUUCAGCCAUAUGUUCCGUUCUGUACCAUGCCUUGGGAUGGCUAUGAUAUUGAAACAGCGAUGACUCGCCACGUAUCUCCGUGGACCAGCAUGUCUUUAUGGUGUCGCGGGAGCACUAUCGCUGCAAUGGUGGUAACCGGGAUUCUAGGAGCAGCCAUCAUAAUUGCAAACCUGACUAUUCUUUCUGUGUAUAUUUCAUCGCCUAAAUUACGAAACAGUCAAGCAGUUUUUAAAAUGUCAAUCGCAACAGGAGAUUUGUUAUCCGGCGUUAUUGUGCUUCCUAACGUCAUCGUGUUUCAGCAUUUGAUGUUUAUUCAUGAGCGCUUGGUGGGCGAAACAAUUGAUGGGGAGAUUGAACGUCGCCAAGCAGGCGGAUCGGUGAGAUCUAUCAUACCAAGCCCCUAUAUUAACUUCGUUGGAUUUUUCACAACUCUGUCAUUGAGCUUAUCAAUCUACACACUUCUACUAGCAAGCUUCGAUCGAUUUUGGGCAAUAUUUCGACCAUUAAAAUACAGCAAAACUAAGGCAAAGAUUUACGCACAGUAUACAUGUCUCGGCGUGUGGAUAUUUGCUAUCUUGAUUGCAAUAAUCCCCUUGCUAAUACCAUCGCUUCAAUACAUGAUUAUUUUAGCUGUAAUGGUAACAUCUGUCGGGGUGUCGGCUUUAAUUCUGGUAGGAACUGCAUUUGCAAUUCCAAUGAUUGCUUUGUGCGCCAUCAACUGCGCAACGUUUAGAUCAGCUCAGCGACAUGCUCGAGUCCGCCAGAGAUUGCAGAGUACAAGGGGCAAGAAGUCUAAUGAGGAACUCAUUGAAACGCGUCUGCGAAAGAUUCUUGGACUCAUGGUGGGAGUAUUCGUUGCGUGCAUUUUCCCAACGUUCUUCCUCACAAUCCUAGCAAUAUUCUUCGACAAUAUCUUGUUUCGUGUUCCGGAGAAGUUGAACCCUGAGGCCACCACUAUUUUCCAGACUACGCAAUACUGCGCUAUUUUAGUGUUGUUGAGCAACAGUCUUUGGAAUUGUUUCAUUUAUAGUUCGCGUGGCGAGGAGUUUUGUAAUGCAGCGAAGACCCUAAAGUUUGUCAAGGUCGUUACUUCUGCGGCAAGCUACGUUGCUUAUUCUGCACGUCGACUGAGUGAAGCUCCAAAUUAUUACCGAAGAAAAAGUAGCAGUGCAAGCACUGGAAGUGCUCUAGGAACCCAUUCAUCCAAAACUACGAGAUUACCAAGCCUCGACUCAUCCUCAGUGUUUGCCCAUGACAGCAGUGUGAGCACUACCAGCGCGAAUACACACCGUGGUACA